AUGGCUAAAGGUCCCAUUGUGAUAAACAGGAAAGGUCGAGGACCGUGUUACCUUGUCCACUAUCCACCUCAAGAUACCUUGACUGCGAUCAAUGAAACCCAGCGACAGGAGUAUAACAAAGGACUCAUUUGCAAGGGCGUGAGCGAUGAUGGCGACGAAGAACUCCUUCGUAACGACAAUUACAAACGUCUAUUCCCCUGGUACGAGAAGUUAAACACGACGAAAAGCAUCUCAUCUCAUCUCUCCAGGGCCCGCAGGAUGUUGAAUAAAUUACUAAGGUUAAAUAAUACACUUAUGGGAGCACGUUUUCACAUGGAAAUAGUUGUUCAGCCUACUGCUGCUUCCGAAUUACCCCCCAACCUUACUCCGGCUCAGCAACAACAGGUUCAGGCACAGAAACAAGUUUAUGAUGCUCAUGUCGCUGUAUCACGAAUCGCCACAUCACAAGUCGCACCGCCUUCCACCCAGCAAGCCACUGCUUCAGCUUCCAGCCAAUCAGAUUUGAUACAUAGAUCCUCAGCGCGAAAUGACUCGACAAUUCGUCUUCAGUCCCGUGACAACCCUUCUCCUGGGCGGGUCGAGCCACCGCUAGCAUAUGAUAACUCAUCAACGCCCGGGGCAACUACGAAUCCGAGUGAGCAAGCUGGACCAGCAACCGAUUCCCACUAUGGACAAGCAGAUUAUCAAGCUCGAACUGAAUACAGUGGUAGUAUGGAGUCCUAUUCUAAGUUUCUGCCUCUCUGGAACGAAAAUAGACACGAAUUUGUUAUGGGCGGAGACUCAAAUUCCUAUGGGGGUCAAGCGCCGAAAUAA